AUCGACCUUCUUUAAUCUUCACCUUGUAAUUCUGCAUUGUUUCUGUGCCGCUAUUAUGCUGCAUUGAAUUUUCCUUCAGUUAGUACGGUCGCCGAGGAUCCGACCAUGAAUUCAGAUCGCGGUACGGUUCCACGCCAGCCUCUCGGCGACGCAACCAAUCGACUUAACCAGGCUACAGUUGGAAGUGUCACGUCUCGGCAUGGACUUGGCGAUGACGAGAAUCACCUCUCUGUGAAGUCACAGAACGUUGCCCGAGGUUGCUAUGACCCGGUUGUCACUGUUAACCAGCCCUCCGCAGAGCACCAUGGACCCCGGGCCCCCGCUCCAACAACUACAGAGCCAAGUGCGUUGGCCAAUCCGCGAGCUCCUGCAACUGCCCUGGAAACUCGCGGUGCAGCCGACGCUCGGCGUGUUUCUCAGACCUCAAAUGUUCCUUCAAACCCAUCCGACGCGCGUCAAUCCAAAGCCCAAAUUGGUCCGUGGGAACUGGGCAAGACGCUUGGAAAGGGCUCAUCGGCCCGCGUCCGCCUUGGCCGUCACCAAGUCUCUCGUGAACUGGUGGCAGUCAAGAUCGUGGCCAAGACCACCGUCCACCUGACUCAGGCUGGUAGCCUUGCCAAUCUCGACCAGAUCGAUGAGGCAAAAGCAACCACCAAUUCCAAUAUCGGCCUUCGUCGUAUGCCACUGGCGAUUGAGAGAGAGGUGGCAAUUCUCAAGCUCAUCGGGCACCCGAAUAUCAUUCAGCUCCUCGAUAUCUGGGAGAAUCGCUCAGAAAUCUAUCUGGUCACCGAAUACGUCGAGCAGGGAGAUAUGUUUGAAUUCAUCAACUGCAACGGCCCGCUCAGGGAAGAAGAGGCCAUCUUCUACUAUCGCCAGAUCAUGAGUGCCCUUGAGUACUGCCACUCUUUCAACAUUUGUCAUCGUGAUCUCAAACCGGAGAAUAUCCUGUUGAAAUCAAAUGGGCAAAUCAAGAUUGCCGACUUCGGAAUGGCGGCUUUGCACCAGGGGCCGAAUCACCAGUUGCGCACGGCUUGCGGGAGCCCUCACUAUGCUGCGCCUGAGCUGCUACGCCAUCAAUUCUACAAAGGCUCGGCCGCGGACAUCUGGAGCAUGGGGGUAAUUCUGUUUGCAAUGCUCUCCGGGCGUCUUCCCUUCGACGAUGAAGACAUGGGUGUGAUGUUGUCCAAGGCCAAGCGCGCUGAAUACAAGAUGCCGGAACACCUCAGCGGCGAGGCUGCUGAUCUUAUUCGCAGGAUCCUGGUGCACCAGCCGGCGCAGCGUAUAACCAUGGAGCAGAUGUGGAAUCAUGCCCUCCUCAAAAAGUACGACUAUCUCGACCAAUACUAUGAGUGGGCAGAGCAGCAAGACACAUCUUUGCGCCACCGUGACGUUGCACCUAUUCCCGAACAAGAUGUCGACAUCCAGAUAUUGAGACAGCUUAAGGCCCUCUGGCAUUCUUUUUCGGAACACGAUCUCAAAGAAAAGCUCCGACAAAAGAAGCCAAAUGAUCAGCAGCUGUUCUACUGGCUGCUCUACAACCACCGAGAAGCUCAAUUGGAGAACUACAACAACAAUGUUCCAAUUUCAAAGAGUGACAUCCACCAUCUCAAGCCUCCGAACUGGUGCAAGCGCAUCUCAACCUGCAAGUUCACCCAGAAGGGCCGAAAUGGACAGGGCCGGAGCGUGUCCCGGUUCACCGUGAUUUCUAAUGUCCCUGAACUGGACGAUGCUGGAACAAUUCGAAGCUACGAUCCCUACAACUCGUCCCUUGUUCUGCAGCCUUCUGUUCAUCAGGCCAGCCAUGCCAAGAUCAUUGUCCAUCGCAAUGGCUCUAAGGACGGUGUUGGACCCUCUCCUACUUCCGUCUCCCAUUCGUACCGCUCGUACGAGUCGGCAACCGGCUCAUUUCGACGACAGCAGCGAGUUGCCUCGCAGCGCUCUAGUGCCCGGGGCUAUCUGCCACCUCUGAGUUCAGUGAGCUCAAUCCGCAGCUACCAGAGCAUCUCGCAUGUGCGUGCAAAAAACCGAUCAAAACGUAAUGUCGAUUUCUCCAGGGUUCGCAAACCCAACCACCAUUCCCACAAGGACCGCCAGCGUUCUCGGCCAGCCCCGGCCAGCAUCGCAGGAGAUAGCACAACGUACGACCGGGACGCCUUGUCGCCUUCGAGUCCCAAGAAGCCAAAGACACAAAGACUAUCGAAUGCAAGAUCGAUGGCGGAUGCUGAUGGUAGUCUUAUCUGGAACGAAGAGUUGGAGCAAUUCACCCACCGGAUUGCCCAAGAUUGCGAUGAGGCUUUUGGGAGCUCCCUCCUCUUGCCAGAUCCUAACGAAGAAGGAGCUGAUUCGCGCGAGGAAAGCCCAUUCAAUCUGUCACUCGGAGACCUUUCGGCAGUGCGGCUUUCAGUGGGCUUGGCUCCCACCAAGGAAAAGCCCACUGAGGCACGGCCAUGGGACAACAGGCCGCUCCCCCCAAUUCCUUCCCGUGAAACGGUGUCGCCUUUGUCAGUCCGUAAUACCGGCCUGAAUGUUGGGAUUGCCUCGCACGCAAAGACGGUGUCCAAAACCGACUCCAACUUCGGCGCCCAGCCCCCUGAGCGCCGUACUGUUUCCGAGUCAGUGUACAACCGUCAUACCAAGGGCGCACGUUUUUUGCCAUCGAUCAAUGAGGACACAUCUGAGAACUGGACGAGACGCAAUCUCAGCACGCAACACUUGACCCCAGCCCCGCUGAACACGCCAACCCGUCCUAAGGGCAAGGGAUUGGAUUACCUGGCGAGAGUUGGAAACACUAUCCGCGUUGUUGUCCAUUCGCCUACUGCUGCAGGUGGGGAAGACCCUAUGAGGGCUCCUGAACCACUCAAGAUCCGUAAGGUAUUUGGCAACACCGAUAUAGCCAAGCCGCCAUUGCCAUCUUUCGCAGGAAACACGGGUGUUGGGUCGCCUGAGCAGAACCAAUCGGCGGACGGCCGUGACAGUCAUGUCAGUGGCCCGCCCAAGAACAGAGUGGCUUCUUGGUUCAAGCGCUUGUCUAAAGAGGAGGCAAGCAGCUCGAACGUUUCCACUAUGCCAGAGAGCCGUGUCCAGUCCAAGGAUAAUUCUCCUGACCCGAACGCUAGCGGUCUGAAUCAGAGCGUUUCGCAAUCGAGCGGUGUGCCUUCUGCUUUCCGUACCCAAGAGAAGAAACCUUUUGCCUUCUCAUUCUGGAAGAGGAUAAAGAACGAACCAAAGAUGUCGAUUGCAGGAGCGGAUCUUGACGCCACAGACAAGCAUGACAGGGAGAAAUCGAAAAAGAAGAUGCGCAAACGGGUAUCCAAAUUCAUGAGUGGCACAGAGCCCACUCACUGGUCCGACGACAGUGAUGGUAGUGUUCGGAAGAUUGAGGUUCAACAGAAUUGGUUGGCUCGUCUCUUCCGUGUCAAGCCAGCGAGACGCUAUGUCUGUUUCAGCAUCACCAAGCGGCGCGCCCGACAGGAAGUCGCCAUCCUACUUCGCGAGUGGCGCAAGUAUGGCAUGGCAGACAUCGAGGUCGACAAGCAGCGUAGUAUUAUCUUCGGACGCGUGGCCGCGGAUAACUAUCUAAACCUGAAGGAAGUCUCGUUUGCUAUCGAGCUGAUGACAGUCAUUGAACACGGCAAGCGAAACCAUCUCUGUAUCGCGCGCUUCACUCAGGAGAAAGGCGCGGCCAGCAGCUUUCACAAGGUUGUGGAUACGAUCCACUCUGUGUUUACAAACCGUGGCCUCCGUGUGUUCACGUCGUUGAGCUUUGUUACCAAGCCCCAAUCUAGUGUUGGGUAUUGCCCAGCCGAAGGGAGUCUUGGGAACACGAGCACAAUGAUACGGCGGCGUUAAGACAGCUGAUCCUGGUUACAGACAUGGUGUUGGGUUAAGGGUCCAUUUAAUCAUGGACAAUUGCAAAAAUCAGGGGCGAAUUUUUUUCUCGGGAACCGAGAUAACGUUGUUGACCGGGCAGAUGCUGAAGCAGAUACCAUGCAGGUCAUUCUUUCAUUCUUUGUAGGGUAUAUAAUCGAUAGC